AUGGGCGGUGAGGAGCUCGGCCUCUGUGGCGCUCCUGAGGUGGUGGCCCGCCAUCGGUACGGUCGUCCAGUGGACUGCUGGGCUGUGGGUGUUAUCAUGUACAUACUUUUAUCAGGAAACCCUCCUUUUUACGACGAGACGGAGGAAGAAAACACAGAUCUACACAACCGCAUCAUCUUCUGUCGUAUUGUGGCUGGCGAGUUCGAGUUCGACUCUCCAUACUGGGACGACAUCUCCCCUGCAGCUAAGGAGUUGGUUUGCAGACUGAUGGAGGUGGACCAGAUGCUAAGAAUCACAGCACAGGAUGCACUUUGGCAUGAGUGGAUCGCCGGGAACGGGGCAUCGGAGAAGAACCUAAAGGACGGCGUAUGUGCCCAGUUUGAGAAGAACUUCGCCAAGGCAAAAUGGCGGGAGCUGAAGAAAGCGAUUCGUGUCACCACCUUCAUGCAGCGCUUGAGGAAUUCCGAGGCUUUGAUGGACAGCUCGGCAGAAGCACGUGGGGAGGAACAGGGAAGAGAGGGAGAAGGAGAGUGUGAGGCCCAAGAGACAGGGGGUGAGACCCAGGGGGAGAAGGGGGAGAGCGAAGAGGGAACGACACUGAGCGACGUGUCCUUAGAGGUGACCUUUGAAAACAGACAGGCAGGUGCGGAUCAGGAGAAGGGGAGGAAGGCAGCAGGGAAAGAGGAGGAGGUAAAGGUGAGCGUAGCUCCGUCUGUCUGCGCUUCCCCGACAGAUGCCAAGGAGCCCAUCUGUGAGCCAAGCCAAUUGAAUUCCACCCCCAAAUCGACAGGGGCAGAUCCUGAUAAGGUUAGCAUAAAACGAACGGCUGCCGACGGAGCCAGGAAGAUGGCUGCAAAUUUAGGUCAAACUAAAUCUGCCCAAGAAUCCGCGCCGAACCCAACGGCAACCCCUAAACCCAGCAAGAUCUCAAGCCCAUCUCCAGCAUCUAAUGUUGAAAAGAAACACACGUCCACCUCUCCUGAAAACAGCGGUAGGCGUAAAAUGGCCGCAACACUCCACGCCCCUCCGCCCGCGGCCUCGCCAGCUAGCCCCACCGCAGCGGCGGCCUUACCCGAGACAAGGCCGGCCACGCAGGGCAACAAAAAGGAAGAUGGCGACGGAAGCUGGUGUCAAACCCAACUCCCUGAGGCGGUGGCAGAGAGGCCUGUCGGAGUGGCGGCGGUACCAGGGGUGGGGGCUGGAGUUGGAGUAGAUAUAGGACCAGGGGUGAGGAUGAGGAGUGAUGCCAGCCCCAUGGUGAGAAGGGACAGGGAUACCAGGCGGACAGACAGGUACAGUGCUGAACUUAAUAUAGCCAGGGGAGGCCCUGCAACAGGACAGGGUUGCUACACAAUAGGUAGCUCAGCAAGUUUGGGCCGCCAUGCCACGCCAUACAACCCAGAGGUUAGCGCCACUGGGCUGGGGAUGGCAGGGGGCUAUGGAAGUCCGUACAGCUCCUUAUACGCCAGCGGAGGAGGGAUGGGGAUGUACGGAACAGGGCUGGAACAUCACGGAGGCAUGGGAAUGGGAGGCGGCGGGAACAGCUCAACCACCAGCGAUUGGCAAAUGGACAGUGUCAUUGAGCAAAUUGAGAAGCAAAUGGCCGCCGUGCUGGAAAAGAUCGAGGGAGACAUGCCCUCGUUGCUGGAGCAAAUUAGUGACUGCCCUCCCGAGCCGCCGCGCGCCCGGAGCGCCCACACCUCGCCGGCCACUUCCCAACGUGCGCGCUCUUCGCACCAGCCCUCGACCGCCGCCCUGUCGGCCACCCCUCCACCGCUUCCUACCUCCCCCCGGCCCCUGCUGCCCUCCCUCCCUCAUCUUAAUGUCCCACCUCCCUCCUACCCCCCACCCUCACCUCCUACACAGCCCUCGGCCCAGUCCCUCCGGGAGCAGGAGGACAGGGAUGGACACAGAGGGACGUCUCGUACCGGGCAGUCCCCCAGAGCUGGCAUGAGCCGGGGGGUAUGA